AUGAGGGCAGAGGCUGAGGAAGAGACAAAGACGGCAGAGAUUGUCGCUUGGACCGAAGAGACUGUGGAUGGGGGAGAUGGAUCUGAAGGAGAACGAUUAGAUGACGGCUAUGGAGAAAGUAUGUUUGACUUUAACAGGUGUAUCGAUGUAACAUUCGAACGAUUAGCUCGACUCAUUGAUACAGUUGAUAUCAAGUAUACGCGAUUCUCCAACAUCACAUCUGAGAAUAUUAUACGUAGCGACAUCUUCAAUGGACAUCAGCUCGUCGAUUGUGAACUAUUAGCUUUAGUUAUACAAGAGAGAUACAAGAAUUUGGGUCCCUUAACUUUUCAUGAAUUUGGAGUUGCCACUUUAUUCUUCACAUGCGUAUUUCUUUGGAUAUUUCGCAAACCUGGUUUCGUCGUUGGAUGGUCAGAAGUGCUUACUGAUGUAGAUCUCAGAGAUUCAGUGCCCGUGAUAUUCGUCUCCAUCCUGAUGUUUUUCAUCCCAAAGGAUCCUAGCUUCAUAUAUAGUUAUAGUCAAAAUCCUGCUAAAAGACCAAAAAGAUCUUCAGAAGGUUUGAUUACGUGGAAGGUAAUCGAGACUAAAAUGCCAUGGAGUCUAAUGUUCCUAUUGGGUGGCGGUUUCGCAAUCUCAAGAGGAAGUGUAGCAUCAAGUAUGGCAAGACGAGUCGGUGAAGCUCUAGUACCACUCCGUCAUUUACCACCCAUUGUAAUACUUGCUGUUGUGUGCCUCUUCGAAGGUUUUGCAACAGAGUUUACCUCAAAUGUGGGAGUGGCGAAUAUCACUCUACCAGUGAUAGCGCAGAUGUGCGUGGCAAUGGAAAUACAUCCUAUGUACUUAAUGAUACCAGCCACCCUGAUGUGUUCAUUUUCAUUUCGCUUGCCGGUCGGCACACCACCGAACGCAAUUGUAACAAUCGCAGGACAUAUCCCUACAAAUUGGUUAAUUGCUGCAGGCUGUGCACCUUCAAUUUAUAGUUGGCUAGUAGAAAUCAUUUUCUUCCCUACAUGGGGUGUUUUCGUUUACGGAAUUAAAGAUUUUCCUGAUUGGGCCAAACAUCCAAUGGAAAAUAACACAGAUGUAUUUCGUUAAUUAAUUGAAAGCAAUAAUUUCAGUUAUGGAGCAGAUUAAAUCUUAGCUUUCUGUAUUUAGUUUCUUUUUACAAAA